UGGUCCUGCCACGAGGAGGACAAUACAGGUCGAGAACGGGAGUGGAGAAAACUGGAACAGAUAGUACACGAGUAAGUCGAGUUGAGAGCAUGUUGAAGAAGUUCUCAAAAUAAAUAGGAAUUGGACGAACACAACACCUUGGGUGAAAAGAACUAUGAACUUUUCAUUUGUGGAACAUUUAACUUAGUCGACUUGCUUUCUUUUCCAAGCUGGAAAGCCACUUAAUAUUCAAGUAAACGCAGUUGUAAACCUGCAAGGAGGUCGCACCACGCAACUAACACCAGCACCAUGCACAACAUCAUCUUCGUCGUCAUCAUCAGACUCGGAUCCUCCUCCUCCAUCUCUCUUUCCUCUCUGGUCGCGGAUUGGCUAAGCAUUGACGAGCGGCAGGAUGCGCACUUGAUCAGCUGGCGAGUGCACGUCAGCUCCCGGAGGAAGCGGCUAGGCGAGACGGACCUUCUCCUCCAUCCUUUCCGGACCUCCGCAACCAGGAUACUCCUCCAUCAGCGCACGCGUCUUUUGUGGGGACUAACCCUGAAGAUUUUAGCGUUGCAGAUUCUACGAUCUCCACGCGUGUACUCGCUUGCCGUGCAGGACCUUCGCGAUUGGAGCUCCGUGGGUGAACUUGUCCGCUUGCGAGGACGCCGCUGCCUCCGUCGUGCACGUAUUCUAAGUUUGGAAGUUGGCUUGCACGCAAGCCUCACGCAUAGGCCAGGUGGACCAAAUGGAGUGAGAAGGUGGGGCAGAGCGAAGACUAUUAGGAGGAGCCUGGGUAACAAAAUUGCUGAAAAGUGAGCAGUAAGUGAAGGUAUGCGGGCAGCAUGGAACGGGUGAGGGAGCAGCGGCCUUUCUGCUCGCUCUCCAAGAGCCAGCGAGAGCAUCGCGAGCGAGGCGGAGAAAUCGAACGUGAGUGCCGUUACGCCUCGGAACGUGAGGACGCUGCCCGAGACGUCACUGCGCCAUCCUGUCGCGUACCCACCCAAAAGUCGUACAGCUCCAGCGAGACGCUCCAGGCCUUUGAGCAUGACCCGGCACACAUGCUCUUCGGGGGCCGGGUCAAGGAGACGGCGCGACAGGAGCGCGCCGAGUACAGCAGGCCAGGGCAGACGUUCUCUCUGAGGCAGCUUGGCAUUUGCCAGCCUCGCCGAGGCAUGGCGCUGUGCCCUGAGACGGGCCUGUCGCACCCUCUCGGGACCUACGCCCGGAGGCCCGCCGUCACCUCGGAGCUACGUGAACCCCAAUCCCCGGAACGCACCAUUACCCUCUGGGGCAAGGUGGGCCCCAACUCCUGCCUCUCCAGUCGUUCCAACUCUGAUCUCACCCUGACCGACACAGAAAUGGACAACAAGUCUGACAUCGAGAUGGGCGACCAUCUGUCCAGUCCUCAGGGUCCACCCCCACUACCGCCGGCACCCCCACCGCCACCCCACAAGCAGCACCCCUCCAUCACAUCCCUGAGUCGCAGCUCGCUGGCCAACCACAGGGCCGCGAGCCCGCCGCCCACUGCCGGCCUGGCGGCCGAUUUGCAAAGCACGGCGGAAUGCGUCCAGCUGCAGGACAGCUGGGUGCUGGGCAGCAAUGUGGCCCUGGAGAGCCGGCAUUUCCUGUUUAAGACGGGAACGGGAAGCACCCCUUUCUUCGGCGCUGCAGCCCCCGGCUACACCAUGGCGACGGGCACAGUGUACUCCACUCCGGCGCGCCCGCUUCCCCGCAGCAGCCUCUCUCGUGGCGCCUUCAAGUUCAAGAAGUCGCCCAAGCACUGCUCCUGGAAGUGCACUGCUCUGAUUGCAGUUACCGUGGCUGUGCUGCUGUCAGUCAUCCUCUGCUACUGCAUAGGCAUGCACCUUUUUGGCCUCAAUUGGCAGCUGCAGGAGUUGGACAGCCAGCCAGCAUUUGAAAAUGGCGGAGUCGGAAAGGCCGGCCCGACACUGUCUAGCGCCGUCACGUCCCUUGCCGCAGACGGAAGGACGGGCGUUCUCCACCAGGAGAACAACUCUGUGGACACGGGACCUGUGGAUGUAGGAAAGAGUGUGGGCCAAAGCGUUCCGCCAGGAGUGUUCUGGCGUUCCCAGCUCAGCGUGGAUAAGCCACACUUUCUCAAAUUCAACAUUUCUGUGCAGAAAAACGCCCUGAUAGGUGUAUAUGGACGCAAGGGUCUUGCACCGUCUCACACGCAGUACGACUUUGUAGAGCUUCUGGAUGGCAGCCGUCUUAUCGCCAAUGAACACCGUACACCGAGCGAGCCAGAGAGGGGAGCCCGCCUGGAGCACCAGGUGGUGGUACACCAGGCGGGAUUUAUCCAGUACUUGGACACUGGGGUGUGGCACCUGGCAUUCUACAAUGACGGACGCAGCAUAGAGACAGUGUCCUACAACACCAUCAUCCAGGAGUCUGUCACAGAAUGCGCACACAACUGCUACGGGAACGGCGAGUGCAUGGCGGGCUCCUGUCAUUGCUUCCCUGGAUUCAUCGGGCCGUACUGUUCCAGGGCUGCCUGCCCUGUCUUGUGCAGUGGUAAUGGCCAGUACACCAGGGGGCGCUGUCAGUGCUACAGCGGCUGGAAGGGCACAGAGUGUGAUGUGGCCUCGGGUCAAUGCGUGGAUCCUCAGUGCAGGGGCCACGGGGCGUGCGUGGCAGGAAACUGUGUGUGUAACACUGGGUGGAGAGGAACCAAUUGCGAACAAGUGGACUGUGUGGACCCAAAGUGCUCUGGACAUGGCACUUGUCAUCACGGAGAGUGCCACUGCAACCCGGGCUGGGGUGGAAUCAGCUGCGAGAUCCUGAAGAGCACUUGUCCUGAGCAGUGCUCCAGUCACGGCACCUUCAACACUGAAUCUGGGACAUGCGUCUGCGAGGACAACUGGACUGGGGCUGACUGUUCCAUAGAGGUGUGUGUGGUCGACUGUGGCCCUCACGGCUCAUGCCUGGGUGGUAUGUGUCACUGUGAGGAGGGCUGGGCAGGCACAGAGUGCGAGCAGAGAGACUGUCACCCACGCUGCAUCGAUCACGGGGUGUGUCGCGAGGGCAAAUGUGACUGCCACCAGGGCUGGACAGGCGAGCACUGCACCAUCGACGGCUGCCCGGGCCUGUGCAACAACAACGGGCGCUGCGUACUCGAUCAGAACGUCUGGCACUGCAUUUGCCAGUCGGGAUGGCGCGGCCUGGGAUGCGAUGUUGCUACUGAGACACUCUGCUCAGACGGCAAGGACAAUGAGGGAGAUGGCCUGGUGGAUUGUAUGGACCCAGACUGCUGUGCUCAAAUCUCCUGCCAGGGUCAGAUGUAUUGCAAAGGCUCGCUGGACCCGGCUGCCAGCACAGCCACGCAGGGCCAGAACUCGGCCAGCCAACCCACCUGCAGGAGCUUCUAUGAGCGUGUUUCAUUCCUGAUUGGGCCCAGCGGGAGUCACGUGGUAAUAGGGGGGAACCCCUUCAACAGCAGUCUGGUGUCAGUCAUCCGUGGUCAAGUCCUCACCGGAGACGGAACGCCGCUAAUCGGAGUCAAUGUGUCAUUCCCGCACUACCCCGACUACGGCUACACAGUCACCAGACAGGACGGCAUGUUUGACCUGCUGGCCAACGGCGGUGCGUCACUGACCCUGACAUAUGAACGAGCACCAUUCCCGGCUGUACGCCGCACCGUGUGGAUCCCUUGGAACGUCUUCCACGUGAUGGACACGGUAGUGAUGCGGCGCGAGGAAAACAACGACAUCCCUGGCUGCUACCUGACAGGUCUGAGCCGGCCCGACCCGCUGGUCUUGGCCACGCCACUUUCCACCUUAUACAAGACAUCACCUGAGGACAGCCCUGUAAUACCCGAGACACAGGUCCUCCACGAGCAAGUGGGCAUCCCAGGAAGCGACCUUAACCUGGUCUACUUGAGCUCGCGGGCGUCCGGCUACAAGCCCAUCCUUAAAGUUUUGCUGACCCAAGACCGGCUGCCCUUCGGCCUGAUGAAGGUGCACCUGAUGGUGGCCGUGAUGGGCCGCCAACUGCAGAAGUCCUUCCCGGCCUUCCCCGACUUGUCCUACACCUUCAUCUGGGAUAAGACGGACGCCUACAGUCAGAAGGUCUACGGUCUGGCGGAGGCUGUUGUGUCGGUGGGCUAUGAGUACGAGUCGUGUCUGGACGUGGUGCACUGGGAAAAGCGAACGGCGGUGCUGCAGGGCUACGAGGUGGAUGCUGCCAACAUGGGAGGCUGGAUGCUGGACAAGCACCACAUCCUGGAUGUGCAAAAUGGCAUUCUGUACAAAGGCAGCGGUGAAAACCAGUUCGUUUCGCUGCAGCCGCCCAUCAUCACCACCAUCAUGGGUAAUGGACGCCGCCGGAGCAUCUCGUGCCCGAGCUGCAACGGCCAGGCCCUCGGAAACAAGCUGCUUGCACCCGUGGCCUUGGCAUGGGGCAUCGACGGCAGCCUCUACGUGGGCGACUUCAACUACAUUCGACGCAUCUACCCAUCAGGAAAUGUCACCAGCAUCAUGGAGCUUAGAAAUAAAGACUUUAGACACAGCAACAACCCAGCACACCGCUACUAUCUGGCCACCGACCCGGUCACAGGACAACUAUACGUGUCGGACACCAACUCAAGGCGGAUCUACCGGCCAAAAAGUCUUUCUGGAACAAAGGAUCUGCAGGCCAAUGCUGAGGUUGUAGCCGGGACCGGAGAACACUGCUUGCCCUUCGAUGAGAACCACUGCGGGGACGGCGGCAAAGCUCCGGAGGCCUCGCUCACCGGACCCAAAGGCAUCACCGUUGACAAGAACGGCGUGAUUUACUUUGUGGACGGCACCACCAUCCGCAAGGUGGACCAGAACAGCAUAAUUUCUACCUUCCUGGGAUCCAACGACUUGACGUCGGCGCGGCCACUGACCUGCGACAAUAGCAUGGACAUCAGUCAGGUUAUUCUGGAGUGGCCCACAGACCUGGCGGUGAGCCCGAUGGACAACUCGCUCUACGUGCUGGACAACAACAUCGUGCUGCGCAUCACUGACAAUGGCCAGGUUAACAUUGCAGCGGGGCGCCCUGUCCACUGUCCACUCUCAGUACCAGAGCGCAGCAUUUCGACCGGCGGCCAACGGGCACAGUUCACCUCCCUAGAGUCGGCCGCGUCCAUUGCCAUUUCCUACCACGGCGCCAUCUAUAUCGCAGAGACGGAUGAAAGAAAGCUGAGCCGCAUCCGCAAGGUCUCCGUGGACGGUGAGAUCACGCACUUGGCCGGGGUGCCUUCAGACUGCGACUGCAAGAACGACGCCAAUUGCGACUGCUACCAGGCAGGCGAUGGCUACGCCAAAGAUGCCAGGCUCAACGCGCCGUCCUCCCUGGUGGCCGCGCCCGAUGGAACACUCUAUGUGGCCGACCUGGGCAACAUCCGAAUCCGGGCUGUGUCUCGUAAUGGGCCUGCGCCGGUGUCCAACGGCUAUGAGGUGGCAUCGCCAGACGCCCAAGAGCUUUACAUGUUCGACGGUAAUGGGACACACCAGCACACGGCCAGCUUGCUCACCGGAGACUUCAAGUACACCUUCAGCUACAGCACAGAGAAUGACAUCACGGCGGUGACGGACAGUAAUGGAAACACGCUGAGAAUACGUCGAGACUCCAGUCGUACCCCGGUGCGCAUCGUGGCUCCGGACAACCAGGUGAUCUGGCUUACAAUGGGCACGAAUGGCGGCCUCAGGACUCUCACUGCGCAGGGACAGGAGCUGGUGCUGCUCACUUACCAUGGCAACAAUGGCCUUCUGGCCACCAAGACCUCCGAGAUCGGAUGGACCACCUUCUACGACUAUGACAGUGAGGGUCGUCUCAUGAAUGUCACCUUCCCCACCGGCAUGGUGAACAACCUUUACACCGACAUGUACAGCGCACUUACCGUGGACAUCGAGAGCUCCCUCAGCGAUGAGGAGAUCAGCAUCACCACCAACACCUCCAGCAUCCACGCCUACUACACCCUCUCCCAGGACCAGUGCAAAAGCAGCUACCAGGUGGGCUUCGACAACUCACUGCGGGUCACGUACGCCAAUGGGAUGGACACACACUACCAGACCGAGCCUCAUAUUCUGGCGGGAGCCGCCAACCCAACGGUGGCCAGGCGCAACAUGAGCUUGCCAGGCGAGAGCGGGCAGAACCUGGUGGAGUGGCGCUACCGCAAAGAGCAAGCCAGGGGCAAAGUCAUCGUGUUCGGACGAAAGCUAAGGGUGAACGGACGCAAUAUCCUCUCCGUUGACUACGACCGCACCCUAAGGACAGAGAAGAUUUACGACGACCACAGAAAGUUUCUGCUAAAGAUCAUUUAUGACACGGCUGGGCACCCCGUGCUGUGGGUGCCCAGCAGUAAACUGCUGCCAGUCAACGUGAGCCGUACCAGCAGUGGGCAGAUUAGCACUUUGCAGAGAGGUCCUACAACAGAGAAGCUAGGCUACGACACCCAGGGACGCUUGGUGUCUCGGGUGUUUGCUGAUGGGAAGAUAUGGAGCUACACUUACCUAGAGCAGUCCAUGGUUCUUCUACUCCACAGUCAGCGUCAAUACAUCUUCGACUUCGACUCACUGGACCGCCUAUCGGGCAUCACCAUGCCAAGCGUGGCCCGCUACACCAUGCAGACAGUGCGCUCGGUGGGCUACUACCGCAACCUCUACCACCCUCCAGAGAGCAAUGCCUCGGUGGCUGUGGACUACAGCGAGGACGGCCUCCUGCUAAGAGUGUCUCACUUUGGCACCGGCCGACGUGUGCUGUACCGCUACCGGCGUCAGAACAAGCUGUCGGAAAUCCUUUAUGACAGCACGCGGGUCAGCUUCACCUAUGACGAGACUGCGGGCGUCCUGAAGACAGUCAACCUCCAGAGCGAUGGCUUCAUAUGCUCCAUCCGUUACCGGCAAGUGGGACCCUUAGUAGACCGGCAGAUCUUCCGCUUCAGUGAGGAUGGCAUGGUCAAUGCUCGCUUUGACUACACCUACGACAACAGCCUGCGUGUCACCAGCGUACAGGGAGUUAUCAACGAGACGCCUCUGCCCAUCGACCUAUACCAGUUUGACGACAUAUCCGGCAAGGUAGAGCAGUUUGGCAAAUUCGGUGUCAUUUACUACGACAUCAACCAGAUUAUCUCCACGGCAGUGAUGACCUACACCAAGCACUUCGACGCCCACGGGCGCAUAAAGGAGAUCCAGUAUGAGAUUUUCCGCUCUCUCAUGUAUUGGAUCACAUUCCAGUACGACGACGCGGGCCGUGUCACCCGGCGUGAGAUCAAGAUCGGACCGUUCGCUAACACCACCAAGUAUGGCUACGAGUACGAUGUGGACGGCCAGCUGCAGACUGUCUACCUGAAUGAAAAGGUUACCUGGCGCUACACGUAUGAUCUCAAUGGGAACCUACACCUUCUCAAUGCUGGGAACAGCGCAAGACUCCUCCCUUUACGCUAUGACCUCAGGGACCGCAUCACCCGUCUUGGAGACAUCCAGUACCGCAUGGAUGAAGACGGUUUCCUCCGCCAGAGGGGUGCCGAAAUCUUCGAGUACAACUCUAAAGGACUCCUGGUCCGGGUGUACAGCAAAAGCAGCGGGUGGACUAUUCAGUACCGCUACGACGGGCUCAGUCGAAGGGUGUCCUCCAAGACCAGCCUGGGCCAGCAUUUGCAGUAUUUUUAUGCCGAUUUAAGCUACCCGGCCCGGAUUACGCACGUGUACAACCACUCCAGCUCAGAGAUCACCUCACUGUACUACGACCUGCAAGGACACCUGUUUGCCAUGGAGAUCAGUAGCGGCGAGGAGUUCUACAUCGCCUGCGACAACACCGGAACCCCACUGGCUGUCUUCACCAGCAACGGCCUUCUGGUCAAACAGCUGCAGUACACGGCCUACGGCGAAGUCUACUUUGACUCCAACCCAGAUUUCCAGCUGGUGCUUGGCUUCCAUGGGGGUCUAUACGACCCACUCACCAAGCUUCUACACUUUGGGGAACGGGACUACGACAUCAUGUCCGCCAGGUGGACCAUGCCGGAUGUUUCCACCCUGAGGGAUGUCGGCAAGGAGCCGGCGCCUUUUAACCUUUACAUGUUCCGGAAUAACAACCCCAUUAGCAAAGUCCACGAAGUGAGAGAAUAUGUCGCAGACGUGAACAGUUGGCUGGUGACUUUUGGCUUUCACCUGCACAACACCAUUCCCGGAUUUCCUGUGCCCAAGUUCGACCUAAGCAUGCCAUCGUACGAGCUGAGGAAGAGUCAACUAUGGGACGAUUUGCCGUCCAUCUCUGGAGUGCAGCGCGAAGUCACCCGCCAGGCUAACUCACUUCUGUCCUUUGAGCGUCUGCCUGAGGUUCACCUGCGGCGAGGCCGUCGUGGCGAGAAGCCUUGGCUGUGGUUCUCUGCGGCAGCGUCCCCAGUGGGGCGCGCCGUCAUGUUUGCCAUCUACAAGGGCAGCGUGCAUGCGCACACUCUCAACAUGGCGGGCGAAGACUGCAUCAAGGUGGCAGGCAUCCUCAACAAUGCCUUCUACCUAGAAGAGCUUCACUUCACCGUGGAGGGCCGGGAUACGCACCACUUCGUCAAGCCAGGACUACCCGACGCCGACCUGGCCGCCUUGCACCUGACCAGCGGCCACAAGACGCUGGAGAAUGGCGUCAACGUAAGUGUGUCACAGUCCACUACUGUCAUGGACGGGCGAACGCGCCGCUUUGCCGACGUAGAGGUGCGUGCCGGAGCUCUGGUGCUGCACGUGCGCUACGGCGCCACCGUGGACGAGGAGAAGGCCCGCGUGGCCGAACUGGCUCGCCAGCGUGCCUUGGCGGGCGCCUGGGCGCGGGAGCAAAGGCGGUUGCGUGACGGCGAAGAGGGCGGUCGGCCGUGGACAGAGGGCGAGAAGCGGCAGCUGUUGAGCAGCGGCAAGGUCCUUGGCUACGACGGCUACUACGCCCUCUCCGCGGAGCAGUACCCCGAGUUGGCAGACAGCGCAGACAACAUCCAUUUCCUAAGGCAAAACGAAAUCGGGAAGAGGUAACAGAACAUUAGUUGUGACUGUUUGUGUUCCACACAACUCACAAAAAUUUAGGGAUAUUUAACUUUUGGCUGAAAAAAAUUCAGGAUAGACUUAAAAUCUACCGGUCAACCCCUGUUUAUCUCGAGGCAUGUGUUCCAUAUAUAUACAGUCGUAUGCAAAAGUUUGGGCACCCCUGAUCAUUGUCAUGAUUUUCCUUUAUAAAUCAUUGGUUGUUCGGAUCAGCAAUUUCAGUUAAAUAUAUCAUAUAUUUAUAUUUAUAUGUUUGUCUGCUUCUCAAAUAUCACAGUUUUUGUCUUCUAUAUCAGUGGUCCCCAACCUUUUUUGUGCCACGGACCGGUUACAUGUCAGAAAUAUUUUCGCGGACCGGCAUUUAUAUAAAUAAAUAAUACAUUUAUAUAAAUAAAUAAAUAAUACAUUCAUAAUAAAUAUAUAAAUACGAUGAAAUAAAAUGAUACGACUGACAUAAAAGUACAAAUGACAAAAAUAAAACUCACCAUUACGUUAAAUUAGUGGGAGCACUGAGUUUGUUUCUCAGAAACGAGCCGGUCCCAUCUAGACGUAAUCGGAGACAAUGACACCCGAAGUGAUUAAGGUUUGUCUUUUAUUGCAGGAUGCUUGGUCUCCAUGUGUUGAAGCAGUUUUGAAUGCUUCAUUGCCUGGUUAGUUAGCCUGUCGCCACAUAUUAGCUUUGCGGGCUCGACUGGGGAAACAUGUCACGUGACCGUCUUGACCUUGAGUGUCUUGACCUGAAUUAAUUGAUCGUCGAUAAUUUUUUUUUCUGUGCGGCUUGGCGGCCCGGUACCAAGUGACCCACGGCCCGGUGGUUGGGGACCACUGUUCUAUAUGACAUAUUUAACUGUAAUUGACAGGGGUGUUCAAACUUUUGCAUACGAUUGUGUGUGUGCAAGUGCGUGCGUAUAUAUAUAUAUAUAUAUAUAUAUAUAUAUAUAUAUAUAUAUAAAAAUAUUCCCCUCUCACCCUCCGCGGGUGGUCUCCCACUCCAAGCUCGGGUCCUCUACCAGAGGCCUGGGAGCUUGAGGGUUCUGCGCAGUAUUUUGGCUGUUCCUAGCACUGCACUCUUCUGGACUGAGAUGUCUAAUGUUGU